GUUCGGCUCACGUACACCAUCGCAGUCAGCGACGAUGGCGCGGUGCAUUUAACACAAAACCGUUUGCCCUUGAGUCGACACUCAGCUCUCGGAAGCCGACGUGAAUAGACGCUUUUUGCUAACGUACUCAAAACCACUCACCCCAAAAUGUCGAAGAUCGGAAUCAACGGAUUUGGCCGCAUUGGCCGUCUGGUGCUGCGUGCCGCCGUCGCCAAGGGCGGACAGGUCGUGGCCAUCAACGAUCCCUUCAUCGGCGUCGACUACAUGGUGUACCUGUUCAAGUUUGACUCGACCCACGGUCGCUUCAAGGGUGAGGUCUCCGCCCAGGACGGUUGCCUGGUUGUCAACGGCCAGAAGAUCCAGGUCUUCCAGGAGCGUGACCCGAAGGCCAUCCCGUGGGGCAAGGCUGGUGCCGAGUACGUCGUUGAGUCGACCGGUGUGUUCACCACCAUCGACAAGGCGUCCGCUCACUUGGAGGGUGGUGCCAAGAAGGUAAUCAUCUCGGCCCCGUCGGCUGAUGCCCCGAUGUUCGUCGUCGGUGUCAACCUGGACGCGUACAACCCCUCGAUGAAGGUCGUCUCGAACGCUUCCUGCACCACCAACUGCCUGGCUCCGCUGGCCAAGGUCAUCAACGACAACUUCGGAAUCCUGGAGGGUCUGAUGACCACCGUCCACGCCACCACCGCCACCCAGAAGACCGUUGACGGUCCGUCCGGCAAGCUGUGGCGUGACGGUCGUGGUGCCGCCCAGAACAUCAUCCCUGCCGCCACUGGUGCCGCCAAGGCCGUCGGCAAGGUCAUUCCAGCCCUGAACGGCAAGCUCACCGGAAUGGCUUUCCGCGUGCCAACCCCCAACGUUUCCGUCGUUGAUCUGACCUGCCGCCUGUCCAAGCCAGCCACCUACGACCAGAUCAAGCAGAAGGUCAAGGAGGCCGCCGAGGGACCGCUGAAGGGCAUCCUCGACUACACCGAGGAGGAGGUCGUCUCCACUGACUUUGUCGGUGACUGCCACUCGUCCAUCUUUGACGCCAAGGCCGGAAUCCAGCUGAGCGACACUUUCGUCAAGCUCAUCUCCUGGUACGACAACGAGUUCGGCUACUCCAACCGUGUCGUCGACCUGAUCAAGUACAUGCAGAGCAAGGACUAAAUCAGUCAACACGACAACACCUCCUUAACAAAACAAAAAAAAACAAAUUCUCAGGGCUUGAUGCCACUGAUCUGCUAAAAACAUAGACGUUGCGUAUCACACACACACACUCACACUGACAGCAACUUACAAUAUCCAACAACACCCACAACACCUCAACGAAAUUGUAAUCCUCCUGCAGGUACAGUUGCAUACCAACGCUCUACUUUACACACACUUUAAAGAAUGAAAAAACAAAAAGAAAACACACACACUAUUCUGUUUAGUUGAUAAGGUUAAUGAUAAUAAUAAAUUUAAUUGCUAAAAAGUAUAGAGCAAACAAACAAAAAAAAAUGCUGAAAAAUUUAAAUUAUACCUGUUGUGUAUUGUCAAGAAAAUGAUAUCCUAAGAAAGAUCGCUUAAGGUUAGAGAGAGACAGACAAGGAACUACCCAAUACCCUAAAAUAACAUUAUUAUUGCUAACGCGCGCAUCGUCCUCCGUCGGCCGUCCGCCUGCUGCCCUGGAUCGCGCCCAUCAUCGUCCACCACCCACUCUUUAAUGGGGCGGGGUGGGUGGCAGAGGCCGGCUCGAGGACGAACACCGGAAUCAUAAGGAACAGUAAUAAUCAUGUAUUUCAUUUUGAAAAUGAUGCAUUAUGGAAAGGAAUAAACAAUCUAGAUUGUUACUAGUCGAAUAAAGUAAAAAAAAAA